AUGGGAAGAUCUUUUACAGUUUGUUUGCAUUGUGGGAAGUGGUGGGUGGGACCCAGUUUGGACCAAACCGCACAUGUCUGUCUUUUGCUUGCCAAAUUGUGGUGGGGUGUAAGAAAAGUCUCGGGCCCAAACUCGCGCAGUGCGCGUAAGAGUAACGAUUGUAUAAGAGAUGCACCUGCAUUUUCCAAAGACCACUGUUCAGUGUUCCCCUUUCACCCUUCCACUCAGAUCACCCACCGCUCCUUCCCUUUCAACCACGUGGCCCAUCCUGCCACACAUCACUCUUCAUUUUCUCCCACGUCGCUCCAACGGACACACGACACCUUUCCCUUGCUCCCUCAUCCCCCUCCCCCUGAUUCCUUCAUUGCCAAAUCACAAACAACGACGAAGGUUAUAAUCCUCUCCUACGCGCAACACUAUUACACUCAUGCCGUUGACCGCUUGACUCGCUUAUGUCGCCGUUGGAUCGUCCAUCUUCUUCUCUUCGUCUUUCGUUUGCUUAUAGUUAACUUUUAA